CAUGGCAACGUGCACGCGGACUGUGUGGAAAGUUGUAUCAGGAUGUCAGAGGCAGCUGCUGUCUGCUGGAGUCCCACUCAGCACCCUGAGGAGAAUCCCCGCCAGGAGCUUCGCCGUCAAGAUACGAAGGCAAGACAAGAAAGAGGAAGCGGAGAAGGUGGUGAAGAAAGAGAAGAAGGUGAUCGAUGACUCGGGCAGACACAAGCCGUUUGGUAAGACAGCGUGGGCUCCCGUAGACGACGUGUACAUACUGAGGUACUAUCCCAGGACCAAGUACGCAGCAGAGGACGCCGUAGACCUGCUCAAGAACUUCCUUCUAGACUUCACUCCUCACAACCAGCCGGUCUACAUCGACCUGAGGCUGGACAUGAAGCUGGAGAAGAAGAAAAGAGUCGACCCCUUUGUGGCAACGGUGCAUCUCCCUCACUCCUUCAAAACAGGGACCAACAAAGUUAUAGCUUUCACUGAGAAACUCAUACAGAAGAUCCUGGAUGAUGAGAUCUCAGCAGACUUCUACAUCGCGGCUCCUCUCAUUCUACCUAAACUCUCUCCUCUGAAGAACAAGCUGAGGAAGAAGUUCCCUAAAGGCAACAGAGGCUCAGUCGGGACCAACUUCUCCCAGAUGUUACAGCUGUUUAACACGGGUCACGAGUAUCUGGUGGAGGACGGCUGCUACAUCAGGACGCAGAUCGCCACGCUCGACUUUCCAAAAGAACACAUCCUGUCCAACCUGAAAAUCCUGAUGGACGUUUGCUCCCAUCGGCCGGCCGACAGCGGGCCUUUCAUCGAGCGAGCGAUCAUCGCCAGUCACACCAGUGAAGCUCUGUGGUUCAACAGCGCCGACCUCUUACCCAAACCAGCCGAGGAGAACAAGGAGGCAGAGGAGGAGUAACCUUUCUCACUUCAUUAUGUAUAUAAAUAUAUAUAUAUGUCUGUCCACUGUGCUGAAUAAA